UCUCAGUAUCCGCAGUGUCAUGCAGAAGUACCUUGAGGACCGGGGCGAGGUGACCUUCGAGAAGAUCUUCUCCCAGAAGCUGGGGUACCUGCUCUUCCGAGACUUCUGCCUGAAACACCUAGAGGAGGCCAAGCCCUUGGUGGAGUUCUAUGAGGAGAUCAAGAAAUACGAGAAGCUGGAGACAGAGGAAGAGCGCUUGGCCCGCAGCCGGGAGGUCUUCGACACCUACAUCAUGAAGGAGCUGCUGGCCUGCUCGCAUCCCUUCUCGAAAAGUGCCACUGAGCAUGUCCAGGGCCACCUAGUGAAGAAACAGGUGCCUCCGGAUCUCUUCCAGCCGUACAUCGAAGAGAUCUGUCAGAACCUCCGAGGGGACGUGUUCCAGAAGUUCAUCGAGAGUGAUAAAUUCACACGGUUUUGUCAGUGGAAGAACGUGGAGCUCAACAUCCAUCUGACCAUGAACGACUUCAGUGUGCACCGCAUCAUCGGGCGGGGCGGCUUCGGUGAGGUGUACGGGUGCCGGAAGGCCGACACGGGCAAGAUGUACGCCAUGAAGUGUCUGGAUAAGAAGCGUAUCAAGAUGAAGCAGGGGGAGACCCUGGCCCUGAACGAGCGCAUCAUGCUCUCCCUUGUCAGCACUGGGGACUGCCCAUUCAUCGUCUGCAUGUCGUAUGCCUUCCACACGCCGGACAAGCUCAGCUUCAUCCUCGAUCUCAUGAACGGCGGGGACCUGCACUACCACCUGUCCCAGCACGGAGUCUUCUCCGAGGCCGACAUGCGCUUCUACGCAGCUGAGAUCAUCCUGGGCCUGGAGCACAUGCACAACCGCUUCGUUGUCUACCGGGACCUGAAGCCAGCCAACAUCCUUCUGGACGAGCACGGCCACGUGCGCAUCUCAGACCUGGGCCUGGCCUGCGACUUCUCCAAGAAGAAGCCCCACGCCAGCGUGGGCACCCACGGGUACAUGGCCCCCGAGGUCCUGCAGAAGGGCGUGGCCUACGAUAGCAGUGCUGACUGGUUUUCCCUGGGCUGCAUGCUUUUCAAGUUGCUGCGGGGGCACAGUCCCUUCCGGCAGCACAAGACCAAAGAUAAGCAUGAGAUUGACCGCAUGACAUUGACAAUGGCCGUGGAGCUGCCCGACUCCUUCUCCCCCGAGCUCCGUUCCCUGUUGGAGGGGCUGCUGCAGAGGGAUGUCAACCGGAGACUGGGCUGCUUGGGCCGAGGGGCCCAGGAGGUGAAGGAGAGCCCCUUCUUCCGCUCCCUGGACUGGCAGAUGGUCUUCUUGCAGAAGUACCCUCCCCCGCUGAUCCCUCCUCGAGGGGAGGUGAACGCUGCUGACGCCUUUGACAUUGGCUCCUUUGACGAGGAGGACACAAAAGGAAUCAAGUUGCUGGACAGCGACCAGGAGCUCUACCGCAACUUUCCCCUCACCAUCUCCGAGCGGUGGCAGCAGGAGGUGGCAGAAACGGUCUUCGACACCAUCAACGCUGAGACGGACCGAAUGGAGGCCCGCAAGAAAACCAAAAACAAGCAGUUGGGCCAUGAGGAAGACUACGCCCUGGGCAAGGACUGCAUCAUGCACGGCUACAUGUCCAAGAUGGGCAACCCCUUCCUGACCCAGUGGCAGCGGCGGUACUUCUACCUGUUCCCCAACCGGCUGGAGUGGCGGGGCGAGGGCGAGGCCCCGCAGAGCCUGCUGACCAUGGAGGAGAUCCAGUCGGUGGAGGAGACGCAGAUCAAGGAGCGGAAGUGCCUCCUUCUCAAGAUCCGCGGCGGCAAACAGUUCGUGCUGCAGUGCGACAGCGACCCGGAGCUGGUGCAGUGGAAGAAGGAGCUGCGCGACGCGUACCGUGAGGCGCAGCAGCUGGUGCAGCGCGUUCCCAAGAUGAAGAACAAGCCGCGCUCCCCGGUCGUGGAGCUGAGCAAGGUGCCGCUGGUCCAGCGCGGCAGCGCCAACGGCCUCUGACCCGCCCGCCUUUUAUAAACCUCUAAUUUAUUUUG